AGUGUUUGAGUGUCAAAACAAAACACACGUGUUUUGUGCAUGAAAAGUUUCUGCACGGAUUUUAUUGGUUUUUCAUCUCAUUAACUUGCUAAUCUCAUUGAAUUUUACCAGAAAAUUGUCUCUUUAAGUUUUCAUAGCUAAGAAAGUUCAAAAUACCCCGAAAUCCAGUGUUUUUCACGUCAUUUGUUGCUGUGAGGAAAACAAUCUUCUUAAGAAAUGGACGAAUUGGAGGGCUUUUCCUUGAUGCCAAAUGUGAAGAAGGAGGAGCAGAAGGUGAGGAAGAAAAAGAAGAACACCGGCGGAUUCCAGUCGAUGGGACUCAGCGCGGGCGUCUUGAGUGGCAUCACGAAGCGUGGCUACAAAUUCCCCACGCCCAUCCAGCGCAAGACAAUCCCGUACAUCCUCGAGGGACGCGACGUGGUGGCCAUGGCGAAGACGGGCUCGGGGAAAACCGCGGCGUUUCUCAUUCCGCUGUUUGAGAGGCUGCGAACGCGCAAGGAUGUCGGAAGUGCGCGGGCUCUGAUCUUGUCGCCCACUCGUGAGCUCGCCAUCCAGACGUACAGAUUCAUCAAGGAGCUGGGGCGCUUCCUGAACCUGAAGACAGUGCUUAUCCUCGGCGGAGAUUCCAUGGAUCAUCAGUUCUCUUCGCUGCACUCGAAUCCGGACGUGAUUGUCGCCACUCCGGGGCGCUUUCUGCACGUGUGCGUGGAGAUGAAUCUGAAGCUGUCUGAGGUGUCUUAUGUGGUGUUCGACGAGGCGGACAGACUCUUCGAGAUGGGCUUCGGCGAGCAACUGACGGAGAUUCUCCACCGUUUGCCGCACGCCAAGCAAAUGGUCAUGUUCAGCGCCACUCUGCCGCGAAUGAUGGUGGAUUUCGCCAAGGCGGGACUCUCAGACCCUGUUUUGAUCCGUCUGGACGUGGAGUCAAAGCUGCCGGAGGCGCUGGAGCUGAAGUUCCUCUUCUGUCGCAGCGAAGAGCGCUACGCUGCGCUCCUCACGCUCCUGAAGCACGUCAUUCCGGCCGACGCGCAGACAGUCGUGUUCGCCGGCACGCAGCAUCAUGUGGAGUUCAUCUCAAUGCUCCUCACGCGUGUCGGCAUCACCAGCACUUUCGUGUACUCCAAUCUCGAUCCGUCGGCGCGGAAGAUCAACACGGCCAAGUUCCAGAGCAAGAAAGCCUCCGUUCUGGUGGUCACUGACGUCGCAGCGCGUGGCAUUGACAUCCCCAAUCUUGACUAUGUGGUCAACUUCUACUUCCCCGGCAAGCCAAAGCUGUUCAUCCAUCGUGUGGGCAGAUGUGCUCGCGCUGGGCGUUCAGGAACGGCCUUCACGAUCUUCUCUUCCGAGGAUGUAGCCCACUUUCAUGAUCUCUACAUCUUCCUGAAUCGCCAGCUGGACUUUGGCGAUGGACAAGCGAUUGGAAUUGUGCCGAACGCGGCGCUGGAGAGUGAGCAGGACGCGUUUGUGGAAUUGUCUCAGGGAUCGGACUUUGCAAAGAUGUACAAAACGACAGUGAAUGCGUACAAGCAGUACAUUCGAUCGCGUCCUGCCGCCUCCACGGCGUCCAACAAGAAGGCCAAGACAUUCAAUCGGCUGGACUUGAAGACGCUGGACGUCUUUGAGGCUCUCGUGGGCGAUCACGCGGGUCUGCGGGAGAAGAAGGAGGAUCUGGUGAAGAAGAUCAACGGCUACAAGCCCGUGAGGACAAUCUUUGAGCUGAAUCCGCAGAAAACCGUGGCCCAGUGUGAGAUGAUGAAGACGGAGAGGGAGAAGCACAAGAAGGCCGUGGAGAAGUUCAAGGCGCACAAGGAGCAGAAGGAGGAUGACGAGGUGCUGGAGAAGAGGAAGACACGGAAAGAUCAACCCUGGAUACCCUAUCAUUCCGCUGAUAAGCACACCGAGGAUGGACUGGCGGUGAACUCGUUCAGUCGCGAGGCCAACGAGGCGAUUCUCAAUGUGGGGCCGGACAAUGAGCAGGGUGUGCAGAUUGCCAGGAAGCUGAAGAAGUGGGAUCGCGUGAAGAAGAAGAUGGUGGCGGUGCAGGAUCCGCGCGAGGGGAAGAUUCGCACGGAGUCGGGUGUGUGGAUUCCGGCCACGUACAAGACGAAUCGCUAUGAGGAGUGGAAGGAGAGGACGAAGAUUGAGGAGAGCCAGCGAGCGGAGGAGGAGGAGGUGGGCGCGGCGAGGGUGCAGAGGUAUCCGACGAAGCAGUGGGCGAGGCACAAUGUGAAUGUGCAGAAUAAGAAGCGCAAGGCGGAUCUGGAUCUGAAGGAUCCCGGACAGAUUGUGAAGAAGCGCAUCCGGCUGGAGAAUCUGAAGAACAAGCAGAUGGAGAACCAGAAGAAGAACGCCGUGAAGCGGAAGAUGGGGAUGUUCAAGCGCGGCGGCAAGGGACAAGCGAAGGGGGCGAAAGGGGCGAAAGGGGCGAAGAGGCGCAAGUGAGAAUUUCGAGUAACAAUAAUAAACUUGUUUAUUUAACCUUUCGUUUGGUGAUUCUGAUGAUUAGAGAGUGAUGAGUGUGUUUUAGCACAGUUGGGCACUGGAAGAGAGUUGGAAAGAUAGUUAAAGGAAGGUCUUUCAAAGGUCAAACUUGGGGGGGAAAAGUAAUUGUUGAAUUUAAUUGUAUUCCUCCGAUUUUCUUUGAUUGUAACUUUCCAAGCGACCAGCUGAAUAUAGUGAAAGAAAUCUUGACGCAAUGAACGUGAUAAAUCAUCCUAAAACAACAUGCUAAUAUUUAGGAUGUUACAUCGUUGACUUUGCAUAAUAAAGAAAAUUCACCUGAAAUAUUUGGCUAAGAAAUAAACAUUUUAACGAUGACGUAUAAAAAACGUAUUAUCUUGAUAUCCCACGUUCGUGUCAGAAAUAAUAAUGAAAUUUAGAAGUCAUAGGUGGGGAUUUACGAGGGAGGAAGAAGUCUCAUGAUGUAGGCCGAGUUUCUGUGUAACCAUUAAACACG